AUGUUCCAACACCGCCUCGUAGUUCGCUACACACAACUCUCGAGUGGUCUCCCGCCGUCACAUUUAUCCCAGCGAACACCAACCAAUUUGCAUACGCCCAAGUUCUCCUCUCACCAAUCCUCGCGGCUACGAGAUCGCGUUUCCAUAAGUCCGACUCACCGUAAUGGUGGUGUUUCUUUCUUCGGACCAAUUACUGCCCUACACGCCAGACACAAACGAACCCUCUUAUGCCGAGAACUGAGUCUCAUUACACCGGUAGCAGCGAACAGCUGUCAGUCGCCUCCUGCAGUUCCUCGCAAUGUGGCCCUGGCCACCGCACCUAUAACAUACAACCCCACUACGGGGGCUGGGCCCCUGAUACGGUCUAUCAUCACUCGGCGUGGACUGUGCAGCGGCGACUACCGGUUCUCUCACCUCAGAGCUGACGGGCACCGCCGCCUUCCGGAAACACUCCUCAGCUUAACGACAGCUACAAUCCAGCUACAACAACUCCACAGAUCUUUGCACUCAAAUGUUCCAACACCGCCUCGUAGUUCGCUGCACACAACUCUCUCGAGUGGUCUCCCGCCGUCACAUUUAUCCCAGCGAACACCAACCAAUUUGCAUACGCCCAAGUUCUCCUCUCGCCAAUCCUCGCGGCUACGAGAUCGCGUUUCCAUAAGUCCGACUCACCGUAAUGGUGGUGUUUCUUUCUUCGGACCAAUUACUGCCCUACACGCCAGACACAAACGAACCCUCUUAUGCCGAGAACUGAGACGGUGGGAUGCAUUUGCAUUCAUAUCUUUUUCCGAGAAAAUCAAAUGCAACAAAUUCGACUAG